AUGACAGGUGAUCCACUUCAAAACACUUCAGUAGUCAACAACAUGGAAUCAAUACAACAACAUUGUAUUGUCAGCGGUGAAGAUGAAAAUUCUAUAAAUGAUGACUUAACAAUGCAUUAUAAUAUGACAGAUACUACAGAUGGAUUAACAUUGAUCGCCUCUGAUGAAGAUUUGGUAAAUCUUUCCACGAAAUCAUCAUUUAAUGGUGAUGGCGAUGAUAAUAAUAAUAAUAAUUCCUGCUUUUCUUCUAUGCAUUAUUCAUCACGACAAAGCAGUGAUGAUGAUGACCAGACAGUUGCUAUGUGCUUGUCGAAUAGUUUAAGUCCACCGUAUCUAGAAGAUUCACAGAAUAAUAAUAAUUAUUAUUAUGCAAUGAAAUGUCCCAAUGGAAAGAAAUUGAAUGAUACUGAUGGUAUUGGCGUUGGUGUUGGUGUUGGGGAUGCUGAAUUAAUGACCUACUUCAAUCAGGAUCUUGGCAGUAGUUUAUAUCGACUCGAACCAACAAGAAAAAAAUUAUCAGUUGCAGAUGUCGUGUAUUCUCCAUUGGAUGCUUGUCGUCGAUGUCAUAGUCAUCCAGUGUUAAAGUUCAAUCUUAAAUCAAUACUGUCACCAGAGUCCGAGGUAUCGAUUAAAAUUGAUAAUCAAUACUAUAAUGAUGAGCCGACAUCUGCUUCACCAGUUAAUCAGCAUGCAUCAUUGAAAGAUUUGUCAACAAAUGACUGUUUAACAAAGAUGUUGAACUCUCCUUUAUCCUCUGUGGUGGAUAUGGUGGUUAUCACUGGAAACGAAUCGAUUGUAAAAUCUGAAGUUGACAAGUAUUCACCCAUUGAGUUUCUUCCUGUCUCACCAUUUACCAAUAAUAAUCAAUCCAAUGGUACUAUUGAUGAACAGCAGAACACUGAGCUAAGUGGUAAUGCCUCGUGUACCCUGAAUUUGCCUACCUCGUCACCAUCUUCUUCUCCUUAUUCUUCUUGCAGUCCUUCUUCUAAUAAUAAUGAUGCAGAGACAUUGAAAUCCUCCUGUACAGGUCGCUCAGUCACUGUCAACCAUCAGUAUACACCUAAAACAUCAGAACCUAUUGACAGUUAUACUCCUGAUGCUACCACGAUGUUGAAUGCCCCUUCAGACACUACUACACCUAUCACUGGUGAAUCACUGCUGUUCGAUUCGACAUCUAUUGGUGAUAAGGAGUCGAAAUUAUUAGAUACACAGAAUAAUAUUAUAUCAUUUCCAGCUGAAGAAAUUGAUUUCAUCUCUGAUCCUAUGGUGCAUGUACCAGUUGCAUCGUCUAUUCACUGUACUACAUAUUCAAAUCAUCCAGCAUUAUUAUCGUCGUUAUCUUCCUCGAUUCCUCCUGAAGGUAGUAAUAGUAGUAGUAGUAUCCCUUCAACAAGUACUAUUACCAGCACUACAGUUGAGUACAAUUCUUUGUCUGACCAACAUAUCUCUCCGUCUUGUUAUUAUCCUCCACGAAGUCACGAGUACCUAUCAGAAUACACUACGAGUCCACAGAAUGAAAGUCUACCGAUUCUAGUACGUGAUCAUGAACCAGACUUCAGUGCCACUGAAUUAACUCAUAGCCACCAUUCAGUACUUGAUACUAAAAGCAUACUUAUUACUAAAGAAUUCUUUAAUACACCUUUAUCCAGUCAGGAGGAUAAGACACUUCUAUGCGAUACAGAGGAUAUUUUAUCAGAAUCAUCAAAUUUUGUAUCACCUGAUACAGAUCAGUUGAUUUGUGGAUCAGCGCAUUCUUAUUCUAGUUCUGUCCUAUCAAAUAUCUUUGAUCAGUCAGAUUGUGUUGUUGUCCCACCGGUAUUGCUGCCGGCACCGAUAACAACUAGCAGUUGUACUAGUAGUAGUGGCAUUAGUAGUGUUGGUGAGAAUUAUAAUCCUCCUAUGAAUAAAUCGCAUGAUAUGAACUUAUUCUCCAAGAGACCGACUGAACAGUUGCAUAGUUUACCGCUGAUUAAUCCCGAAGUAUUUCCUGCUACAACAACAAUGACAACAGCAGCAGCAUCACAUGGUCCGUGUACUACCCCAGGAGUAGUGACUAGCACUUUUGGUGGUGGUGAUGGUGAUGGUGCUGGUAAUACUGUGGUGUCUUUUUCACAGUUGGAGCAAACUGCACAACAAACAAGGGGAUUGGAAAAAUUCAGUUUAGCCUCUGAUGAUAUCUGUCAACAAGCGUCAAUUGUUUACGAUAUGAUGAAAUCACAGCCACCUGUGAGUAUAGUGUGUACUAGUAACAACAGUAUUUUUAACAGUAAUACUGUGUCAUCACUAGUCACUCGUACAAAAACCAAACGUGGCGGAGCCGCGGGUGGUGGUGGUAGAAAGAAUUCGAAGACUACCAGAGGGAAACAGUCUAGGACGCGUUCAUCAGUCCUGCCAGCCUCUUCUUCAUUAUCAAUGCCGCCCUCGUGGUUCUUAGACUGUAAUCAUCCAAUGGAGUCAUCAUCAUCGUCAUCUCAACCAAGACGUAUAUCAUGUCAAGUUGUUCCAAUGAGUGAAUCCACAUAUAAUAUUUCUUAUGACCAGUAUAAUCAAUCAAAUGAUACUAAUAAUAAUAUGUGUAAUUCGAUAGGUGGCGGUUUCCCAUCGGGAACAACACUGUUUGGACAAUCUAUGAUGACUAUGAUGAUGAUGAAUAAUAAUAACAGUUUGUCAUCAAAUCCAUUUUCAUGUGAUCCGUUUAAUUCAGUUGGAUCGCAUCAACAACUUCCAACAACUUCAUAUUGUUGUCUCACGCCGAUUGGUAGUGGUGCUAGUGCUGGCCCGUACAAUGUUAACAUGAAUCUACAAGCCUAUAACAAUGCCUAUAACAACGCCAAUGAAUUGCAUGGGAUCGAUAACAGUUCUAGUGGUAGGAGUAGUAGUAGUGUGCCUUGUCCAAUGACAUCUCCAGUACCUAUUUCUUCAUGUAGUAGUAAUCUAGAUUCUCAGUAUUGUAAUAUGCCAAUGAUGGCAACAGGAUUAGGCGGAGGCGCAGGAACAGAAAGUUAUCAGUGUAACCAGUCAUCUUUUCUUAUUGAUCAGCAUCAGCAUCAUGAUUCAAGUCGUCAGGUAAUGACACCACAUCCUGGAGUAGUAAUGGAUCAGUAUACUUCGGAUAUACUGCUUAACAGCACUAAUAAUCCAUCCAUAUUGAGUGGAAUAAAGAUGGAGGGAAUUGUGCCUUCUACGCCAAUUUAUCCCAUUUACUCGGAACAUACUGGCUUCCCUGUUGUAUCCAGUAUAAAUAAUAAUAACAAUAAUAUUAGUAAUGCUAUUUCGUCGCAUUUUCAAUUGUCAUCAGCAUCAUCGACAUUAUCACCGUCGACUGGUGUUAGCUGUUGUACCACUAAUAAUUCCAUUCUAGUAAAACCAGAAUAUCAGCAUAAUUACUCAGGUAACUGUAAUCAAUCAUCUAUACUUCCAUUUCAACACAGUCUUCUUGAUAAUAAUAAUAACAACUCUGGAGUACCUCUUACACAACUGCUGCCAAUUGGUGGUGGUGGCGUUGGUUCUAUUGUUCAGCCGUCUUUUUCAAAUAUUCCAUGUGAUUUUAUGUCGGCGGCUAGCAGCAGUAGUAGUAGUGGUUGUAUCCCUUCAAAUCUGAAUCAAUCUAAUCACUUUACUACUCCUGCUGUUGUAGCUACUCCCUCCAUCGCUGGAGCCGCCGCCUCUGGCUCCACAAAUGCAUCGAAUCUUUAUGCUAACCAAUUGAACAUUGUUGGUAGGCAUAAUCCAGUUGGUGUUAGCGUGGGGAAACACCAUCAAACAUUAUCACAUCAGCAGCAACAGCAGCUACAACAACAACAGCAAGAUAUCUCACCUCCGCCUAGAUUAUUAGCCUUACCAAACAGUAAUAAUUAUAUGCCACAUUUUUCAUCCAGCCUAGUCGAAGCAGCAGUCUAUCAGCAUCAACAUCAACAGCAUCCUAAUCUUCAAAAGGAUUCAUUGUAUACUAAUCAUAAUCUUGGUAACAAUUAUUUCUAUAAUCCUUAUAAAGAUGAUGAUUAUGAUGAUGACAAUGAUAAUAAUAAUCACUUGUCAUUAGUAGUUAAUCAUCCAGCAGUUGGUGGUGGUGUUGGUGGCGGUAUACAACCGGCAUCAUUAGUAGUUGAUUGGACAAGAAAUGAUAUGGUCAGUGGAACAGUUGGUGGACAUUUUACACCGAUUCCAUAUCAUCCAAUGCCUACUUGA